UGAAUUGAUCUAAUUAAUGCUCCAAUAAAAUAGCGCAUGUAGUUAAGGUACUUGGUAUAUAAACGUCAGUGAAGCCCUCGGAAUUUAUUACGUGUCAGUUCAGUUGGCUGUUCCUCAUCAUGAUGCUCUUUCAGUUGUUGCCAUUUUUUUUGGCUGCGCAAGUGAGUGAUAAAGACGGAUGGAAAUAUGGACCCGAGUAUACAUUUUUAGGAGAAGUUAAAAUGAUAACGUCUUUGGACAGCGAUAAGGGACAAUAUCUCGGCACUGGUUUAUAUUCAAAAUUAAGGUGCCGUCCACGUGAGCCGGAUGUUCUGAGAUGCAAAUUGGAUGAUACAAAAAUCACCCGGCUGGAUGUUCAAGGAGGAUUCAAUCCAGAAAAGGCUAAGCCGGCUGCCAAUGAAACCUUUCGUCCAUUCAAUGCCAUCCCUGUGCCGUUUGAAAUAAAAUUCAAUGACCGGGGGAUCGAGAGUUACAUUAUUGAGAAAAAUGAACCAUCUUUACCAGACUACUGUGUCAACAUGGCGAGAUUGAUUGCCAAUCAGUUGAGUAUUGGAGCGGAUCUUUCUGAUGAAAUGCGGUCGACUUACAGGUCAUUUGAAAACUUCACCGUUGGGGAGUGCGAUGUCGACUUCAAAGUCACGCGGCUGCCGAAUAAAGAUAGCGAGGCAAUUAAGGACAGUAAGUUUGAAUUGACACCUUUGGACAAAUUGGGAAAGCUCGCUAAUGAAAUUAUGGAAAUCGAGAAGGAGCGAAAUGUCAAAGAGUGUUUGAGAUGCGUCAGACCGUUCUUUGGUACCCGUUACACUCUCGGUCUUGUUUACAGAGAUGUUUUGAGUCUCAUUAAAUCAUCCGUUAGUAAAAUAGUUGUAUCGAAAAAUAAAUUCGUCAGUGAAACAAACAAUGAAAAUGACGUGUUCGACCAAGACCGCAGGAAAUUGGGCAAAGUCCUGGACCACAUGAAACUCACUCUCGAGUCUGUUCUGCCUGCCACGGAUCAGCUUGAGAAGUUCAAUAACCCGGUUGUCAAGGGAGUUCUUCCUGAAAACUUGGAUGAUGAUCCCAGCCAAUAUUGAUCGUCUUCGACGAAUUGAAAAUAUGAAUUUUAUUUAAAAACGUACUAUGAUCUAUUGUUACCGCUUUGUAUUUAUAAUUUUUGAGAAAAAAACUAAAUAAAUGAAGAAAUGAAUCAUGCAGUAGUUUGCUGGUCAUUCUUAAUUUUAAUUAACGUCUCAAUGUUACGGCCGUUAGGCCACGUGACCUUGACAUGCAAGAUCUCUUACUCUUCUUAGGAUAGUUAAAUAACCCAAUUCAAUUAACGAAUAACCGAGCCAGUGUAAAAAUAUAUUAGAGAUAAGUAAAGCCAAUUGGAUUAAUGGUAUGUAAGUGAUGAUGGUAAGUGUAGUCAACAUAUAAGGAAGCAGACUCUUGUUAUGAAAACCAGUAAAGUAUUUGUGACUCUUGAAUCAUGAUCAUCAUUAAUCUACUCCCAUUUUUACUCGCGGCCAGACUCGAGUCUGCUCAAGACCCAGCGAACUGGAAAUACGGUGCAAAAGUGACAUAUCUCAUACAAGACCAUGCAUCAAAAACAUACGCGAUGGACCAGAAUGAAUCCAAAAAUUCUGACAUGACUUUUGAUUUAAAAACAAUGCUGACAUGCCAAUCACUGGAAACAAAUGCCCAUUGUUUUUUCCAUGACACUGAAAGUAAAUCGGUGGUUGCUGGUGAUAACAAUCGUGCAAGACCUGACGCUCAGUACCUUGAACAAGACAUCUGGACAAAGAAAAUCCUCCAGCAAAGUAUGAUGACGAUUGACUUCAACAAAAACGGAAUCACUACUGUCUGGGUUCCCGUAGAAGUGGAACCAAUAGGCCGCAAUAUGAUGGGCGCGCUUGCAAUGCCAUUGGACAUCGGCCUGGAUUUUUCUUCCGAAAUAUCUGGCAACUAUGAAACAAAAUCCAACACCACUAAAGGAAAUUGUCAGACCAAAUUCCUGGUAACACGAUCACCGGCUGUAAGUCAUCAGAAAAAGUUUCCCAUGGAUUUGUUCCUGGUUGCCCAAGCCAAUGAAUCUAUCAAUCGACCGAUCGAGAUCACUCGUACGAUGGAAGCUGGUGACAAGUGUCACGAUAAAUCUUUUGUUCAUUCGUUUUACAUGAACAGAGAAUGCCGUACAGCCAACGAUACUGAUAUAGACUACAAACUUAAUUCCUUCGAAAAUUUCAUGGUCAUCAGCAGUGCCAACUUUACUUCGUUUUCAAAAGUCAAAGUAUCAAUAACUGAUCAUCGAGAUAAAUCUCAGUAUACUCUCGACGAAUCUAUAAGUUUGACUCUGCAAAAAAUUGAACCCAUCCAUUGCGAAAAAGACAAGAACAAUAAGUUGCAUUGUACCAUCAAAGAAAUUGACAAUCUAGCUGAAUAAAUUUCUAUACAGCCGACAAUUAAUUACAAUUUUUAAGCCAUUAGUUAUUAGUUUUAAUUAAGAAAGCUUGUAAAUGUAAAGCUAAGAAUAUGCAAUAAAACGUGACUUGUAAUAAUUACCGCUCACCUUAUUUAUUAAAAUUAAUUUUCAUUCGGCUGCCAAAGGUCAAUUAUCAGCAGACCAAUCAUUGAUCCAAUCGCCAAUCCGGUAGUAAUUUUCACGGCUUGUUCAGCUUUUGGAGCCUCCAACUUUUUCAAAAAACGAUGAACUAAACUCGAAGCCUGGAAAUAGAGACUGGUCGUAGUGGACUCAGAAGGAUCACCCGUGGCGCCAAUUCCCUGUGCUGGUUAACGAGCCACUACUCGCUAGAUGACCUUGAGAUGCGAGGCCUUUAAAGUUAGUUAAAUUACCCAAUUCAAUUAACAAAUAACCGAGCGAGUAAAAAUAUAUUAGAGAUAAGUAUAGCCAAUUGAAUUAAUGGCAUGUAAGUGAUGAUGGUAAGUGUAGUCAACAUAUAAGGGGCCAGACUCUUGUUAUGAAAACCAGUAAAGUAUUUGUGACUCUUGAAUCAUGAUCAUCAUUAAUCUACUUCCAUUUUUACUCGCGGCCAGACUUGAGUCUGCCCAAGACCCGACAAUCUGGAAACGCGGUGCAGAAGUGACAUAUCUCGUACAAAGUCAUGCAUUAAAAACAUACCCCAUGGGCCAGAGUGAGUCCAAAAACUCCGACAUGAUCUUUGAUUUAAAAACAAUGCUGACAUGCCAAUCACUGGAAACAAAUGCUCAUUGUUUUUUCCACGACACGGAAAGUAAAUCGGCGGUUGCUGGCGAGAACAAACACGCAAGACCUGAUGCUCAAUACAUUGAGCGAGACAUCUGGACAAAGAAAGUCCUCCAGCAAGACACCAUGACAAUUGAUUUCACCAAAAACGGAAUAACUACUGUCUGGGUUCCCAAAGACGUCGAUCCAAUAGGACGUAAUAUGAUGGCAGCUCUUGCGAUGCCGCUUAACAUCGGUCUGGAUUUUCCCCCAAAAAUAACUGGCAACUAUGAGACAAAGGCCAACAGCUCUAAAGGAAACUGUCUGACUAAAUUCCUGGUAACACGAUCACCGGCCGCAAGUCAUCAGAAAAAGCUUCCCAUGGAUCUGUUCCUGGUUGCCCAAGCCGAUGAAUCCAUCAAUCGGCCCAUCGAGAUCACUCGCAUGAUGGAAGUCGGUGACAAGUGUCACGAAAAAUUCUUCGUUUAUUCGUUUUACGCCAACAGAGAAUUGCGCGAUGCCACAAAAACUGACGUGGAAUACCAAUUAAAUUCCUUUGAAAAUUUCAUGACCAUCAGCAAUGCCAACUUUACAUCAUUUUCAAAAGUCAAAGUUUCAAUAACUGAUCAUCGCUAUAAAUCGAAGUAUACUCUCGAAGAAUCUAUAAGUUUGACUCUUCAAAAAAUCGAUCCUACUCUAUGUGAGCAACACAAAUACGACGAGUUCAACAAAGAUUGUUCCAGUGAAGAAAUUACCAAUCACGCCGGAUAAAUUUUCGUAACGCUCAUAACCAUUUACAAUUUUUAAGUUAAUUAUAAGUUCUUACUAAAGAAGCUUGUAAAUGUAAAAUUAAACUGAAAAAUAUCCAAUAAAGAGUAACACAAUAA